CAGAGAAGAAGAAAGAGGCGAUUCUCCAGUAGCGCAGAAGAAGAAGAAAUCAACAACAUGGAGCUGUUUGUUUCUAGCUCCGCGCUCAGAUUCUCCAAUGUUUCUCUUGUUUCGCUACCCGUUGGCUCGAGGGUCGGAGACCUGGUCCAGGACGUCCUGACUGAUCAUGGUCUUCCCACCGAUGAUUUCUACGUCACGACCAACGGGCGUGUGUCCGGGCAGGCGGAGCUGCUCCUGCAGGGCUCCGUCUACCACCUGGAGCCCCGGCUAUGUGGAGGGAAAGGAGGGUUUGGCUCGAUGCUCCGCGCUCUGGGAGCUCAAAUCGAGAAGACUACGAACCGCGAGGCGUGCAGAGACCUCAGCGGGCGCCGCCUCCGAGACGUCAACCAUGAGAAAGAGAUGGCAGAGUGGCUGAAGAAGCAGGCGGAGCUGGAGGGGGAGAAGGACCAGCGACGGGUGGAGCGACUGCAGAGGAAGCUGGUGGAGCCCAAACACCACUUCACCGACCCGGACUACCAGCAGCAGUGCCACGACCUGUCGGAGCGCCUGGAGGACUCUGUGCUGAAGGGCAUGCAGGCCUCCUCCUCUGGGGUGGUUAGUGCGGAGGCGGGACCUAGUACCAAACGGGCCAAGCAGCAUCCAGCUUCAGGCCCCAAGAAGAAGAAACGCUUCUGGAGCGGGGUUGGAGAUCUAGACCUGGACAGUGAGGAAGAGGAUGAAGACGAGGCGCUACCCGGUCCAUCUCACCCGACCAGACCCAAGGCGGCCGUGCCUUCCAGUAGUACUCCUGCCAGACCCUCUGCAGAACCGGUCUCUACUGGCUCAAGGCAACCUGAACCGGUUUCUACCAGCUCAGACAAACCGAAACCUGAACCGGUUUCUACCAGCUCCGACCAACCGGAACCUGAACAGAUGUCCACUGGUUCAGACCAACCGGAACCGGUCUCUACUGGUUCAGACCAACUGGAACCGGUCUCUACUGGUUCAGACCAACCUGAACCGGUCUCUACCAGCUCAGAUCAACCCGAACCUGAACCGGUCUCCACCGGCUCAGAUCAACCCGAACCUGAACCCACGACCCAGAUAAACCAAGACCCCCAGCCGACUGAGCGCCAGCAGACGCAGGCCGCACCACAGCAGGUGCACCCGCCCCUGGACCUGGACGCUGCAGGCUCCCCAGAGGACCUGGAGGCCGCCGGUCUGGACCAGCUGAAGGAGGCGCUCCGGAGCCGCGGCCUGAAGUGCGGCGGGACCCUGAAGGAGCGAGCGAGCCGCCUGUUCUCGGUGAGGGGUCUGACGGCGGAGCAGAUCGACCCCCUGCUGCGGGCCAAGAGCAGCGCUAAAGGCAAGAAGUGAUGCUUCUUGGCCACGCCUACUUUAUUAUUUUUUUAAAUGAGUCUCAAUGUUCUUCUAUCAACUUUUAUUUCAAUGUACAUUUUAUAUUUACAUUAAACGCUGCACAACCCAU